UACAAGUACAUUCCAUUUGCCUACAUAUACUAGAAAUGAAGUCUUUUUUUAGUGCGAUUUUCGCGGUUUUGCUGGUGGGUGCGAUGUUUUUUAUGGACGGAAGCUUAGCACAACCUUGCUCGUCCGCCUUGUCAGCUCUGAACGUGUGCACGCCGUACGUGGUCCCCGGGGCCGUGGGGAACCCAAGCCCCGAUUGUUGUGGCGCCCUGCAGUCCAUUAACCGCGACUGCUUGUGUAGCACCCUCCGCAUUGCCUCUCGCAUCCCGGCCCAAUGCAACCUUCCUCCUCUCACUUGCCCAAACUGAAGUUGGAAUUUUGAUCAUCCACAAUAAUGGAACGCUUUUUCCACUUUUUUCUUCUCUUUUUUUCUAGUAAUGCACCAUGUAAUAUUAGUUCAUACCAAAGUUAAAGUAUCGCCAAAUAAGCAAUAAACAUGGUUUCAAUA